UAACACAUGCUACUGGUGCGCAUCAGCCAGUAGUAAAUUCAUAUGCAAGGGAAGGAGUGCUGCAGAGCUGCGGUUCUGUACCACCUGUGUUAACACAUGCUACUGGUGCGCAUCAGCCAGUAGUAAAUUCAUAUGGCAGUGGAGGUGUCGUUCAGAGCGGUUUUGCACCAUCUGUGUCAACACUUGCUACUGGUGCGCAUCAGCCAGUAGUAAAUUCAUACGAAAGUGGCAAUCGUCAAGUUGGCGAUGGGAUUUAUCAGGCGGUACCGAAUUCAGCUUUGCCACUUCAAACAGCAACAAGUGCUGUUCCUCCAGAUUAUGGUGCUAUGAUUAAUGCUCUGCGAGAAGGUUUCACAUUGCCCAAAGUUGAACUGAUGGAGUUUGAUGGAAAUCCCCUGCGUUUCCAUGCCUUCAUGAAGUCAUUUGAGACUAACAUUCAUUGUCACCAACAUGCGCCUGAGACAAAGCUUGCACAGCUGAUUCAAUUGUGUUCUGGCAUCGCAAAGGAUGCCAUCAAGAAUUUAGUACUAGUGUCGCCACCAAGCAAGGGCUAUCAGAUGGCGUGGCAAACCUUACAUGAACAGUUUGGUAACCGAACUGUGGUAAUUGAAGCUACAAGUAAAGAGGUAACAAAUGGUCCCAAGAUUAUGGACGAUGACACUCAAGGACUUUGCAAGUUGGCCACUCAACUGCGUAAUUGUGAGAUUGUGCUUAGUGAGUGGAAUGCAAAUUCAUUCAUGGAUGGCUAUGAAAAUCUUGAGCGUGUAUUCUCACGUCUGCCCAUGUACUUGCAACGAAAGUAUGCGGACCAAUUUGAUGACAGUAAACUUCCUACAUUUUCACACUUGGUUGCAUUCGUGGUGAAGAAAGCGCAGCUAACUACUACAUUUUAUGGUCGGAUUGUGACCAAGAAUUCUGCCAAACAGAAAUCAACUAUUCGAGUCACCAAACCUAGGAUGACAAGAACCACAUCGUAUGCAGUCACCAAUACCCAAGAGAAGACUCCAGGACCCAAGGUAGCUGAUUUGCAGUACAAGUGUGUGGACUGUCAAGGAAAUCAUGCUUUACACAACUGUGUCGAGUUUAAAGGGAGAAGUGUUAAUGAUCGCGCCGAAAUGGUGAGACGAAAUAAUCUUUGCUUUAAUUGCUUGUAUCGUUCUCAUCGUGCAAAUAAUUGUCCUUCUAAAUAUGUGUGUCAAGUGAAUGGCUGUGGUAAAUUACAUCACAGUUUAUUACAUGUUGAUCAAAAGAAGCCACCAACCACUGGUGCUCAUUUUUCUAGCAAUGCUAAUUCUCAAAAUAAUGUGUCUGCCCCCAAGAAAGAAAAUGGGGCCGGUGCUUAUUUCGCAAAUGUUAAUUGUUCGGAAAAUAUUCAAAAUUUUGUUAGACUUAAGGUUGUACCUGUGGAGGUUACCAGCAAUGGUGCUUCUGAUGCUGUGUGUACUUAUGCCUUUUUAGAUGAAGGGUCUACCAGAUCCUUGUGCUCCCACAAUUUACUUGCAAAAUUGGGUAUUGAGGGUAAACCUGAAGAUUGUAUGCUCGCAACAGCGAAUGGUAGUAAAUUACACAGUGGUAAAACAGUUUCACUGAAAGUAAAAGGUUGUGAUUCGGAAAGGGUUGUUGACAUUCCCAAUGUUUUGGCAAUUAAUUUACCCAAUUUAGAGAGUUCUAUCCCGACUGCUAAUGUGUUGCAGAAAUAUCCUCAUUUGAGUGAUUUGGAAUUUCCUGUGCUAGGAUCUAGUGAGGUUGAUUUAUUGAUUGGUGCUGAAGUGUUAGCCAAUCAUCCCAUUUCUGAAAUUAGGCUUUGUGAUCAAAAGGCAAAGUUUCCCGCUGCUCACAGGACAGUAUUUGGUUGGGCUCUUUUCGGUCCUGACAGAACUAUGUCUCAUAGCAGUUGUGAAAGUGUAAGUGAUGUUUCAUGUCCUCGUCUAAAUACUGUGUGUGCAUGUGAUACUGAUCAAUUUUUGUGCAAAAUUUGUGGUCAUGAUUUUAUAGAUUUAGAUUGUGAUCCCUUCACCACUGAACAUUCCCUAGAUGAUAAGAAAGCUCUUGUAGUGAUGAAUGACACUGCAGUAAAAGUAAAUGGGAGGUACCAAGUUGCUCUUCCAUGGAAAGAUAAAAAUAUUAAACUUCCAAACAAUCGUCAAAUGGCAGUGAAAAGAUUAGAGUCCCAAAAACGAAAAUUCAUUAGGGACCCUGAUUUAUUUUUUAAAUACAAGUCCAAAAUUAAUGAUUACUUAGACAAGGGGUAUGCGGAAAUAGUGCCUGAGGGUGAUCCUGGGUCUCUGGGUAGGACUUGGUAUAUGCCACACCACUCUACUGGGGCCAAGUUCCGGGUUGUUUUCGAUUGCAGUGCGGAGUGCGGCGGCACUUCACUUAACAAGAAUUUACUUUCAGGUCCAGACCUAAAUACGAAUUUGGUGAGUAUUCUACUGCGGUUUCGCGAGGAAGCGGUUGCCUUUAUUUGUGAUGUGCGCGAAAUGUAUCUACGUGUUAUUCUGGACAGUCGAGAUCGUGAUGCGAUGCGUUUUCUGUGGUAUCCGAAUGACGACUUGGGAAAGAAACCUAUUGAUCUGCGAAUGUGUUCGCAUGUUUUUGGCGCGGCGUCGAGUCCUUCGAUUGCGUCAUUUGUGUUGAAACGUGUCGCUGAUGACAAUCUAACGAAUGCUGAUCUGGAAACGAUACAGACAGUGCAACGCAGUUUUUUCGUUGAUGAUGGUGUGAAGUCGAAACGUACCGUCGAUGAAACACUUCAAUUGAUAAAUCAGCUGAUCGAAUUACUCGCAUCGGGUGGGUUCUGUCUUACAAAGUUUGCUUGUAAUAAAAUUGAAGUAAUGGAAGCGAUUCCCGAGGCGCAUCGCUCAACCGCAACGAAAGCGCUUGACUUUAGUACAGAGUUGACGGAACGUACGCUGGGAAUUUAUUGGAACAUGGUGCACGACGUCUUCAAGGUUCGGGUGGAAAUUGAGUUUCGACCCUCAACGCGCCGUGGCAUGCUCAGCAUGCUUGGCCAGGUAUAUGAUCCAUUGGGGUUUAUUCAACCGUUUUUGAUUCCCGCAAAGCGCAUUUUGCAGGAUUUGUGUUUUUUGGGUUACUCGUGGGAUGAUCCUGUCGAGGGAGACUUGUAUGAUGGUUGGGAGAAAUGGAUCAGCACCUUGCCUAGUUUGAGGGAGUUGACUAUACAACGUUGCUACAAACCGGAAGGAUUUGAGGCGGCGAAUGUGCAGCUCCACUGUUUUUGCGAUGCAAGUAGAGUGGGCUACGGUGCAGUAGCGUACCUUAGGUUGGAGAACGAAUCCGGCGAGGUUCACUGUGCAUUUGUAAAGGGUACUGCGCGUGUUACCCCCAAGAAGCUAGUGACAAUUCCACGACUAGAAUUGACUGCGGCAGUCGUUGCUACAGAACUUGCUCAUUCUGUCACAAAUGCACUAGACUAUGAGAUACACGAAACUUGUUAUUGGACAGACUCGAUGACUGUGUUGCAGAUGUUGAAUAGUAGAUCACAGCGCUUUAAGACUUUUGUAGCCAAUCGGGUUAAUAUUAUUCAAUCAAUCUCUGAUGUGUCGCAGUGGUCUCAUGUUCCAACAAAUGAAAAUCCAGCAGACAUCGCUUCUCGUGGCCUUAUGCCAGAUAAGCUGGAUAAGGCAAAAUUAUGGUUUCAAGGUCCGAGUUUUUUGUGGCAACAAAGUGUUUCAUGGCCUGGCACUUCAUCAGUGUCAGAUACCAUACCAACUAAUUCCGAUUUACAUUGUGAAAUUAAGGUGAAUCUUGUUGAAGUUCAAAAGAGAUCCCAGUAUUUUCCUGAGUUAAUAAAUCGCUAUUCAACGUGGGAAAAAUUGUCGAGAACAAUUGCAUGGAUGUUGCGUUUUAAGUUUUUUAUUUUGUGGAAAACCUGUCGAUCAAAUGACUCUCCAAUGACUGGAGAUUUAACUGUUACGGAACUUAGUGUAGCAACUAUUCAGAUCUGCAAGUUGGCCCAAAUUGAAUCGUUUUCUCCAGAGCUCGAAUAUUUUAGUGAGCGUGUACAUGACGGACCAGACUACUUGAGCAGUUGUUGUAAGUUGCCUACAUCACCACAUUCUAAGGCUCUCAUUAAACUUAGCCCAUUUUUAGACAAUGAUAUUUUGCGGGUGGGUGGCCGUCUUCGACACUCACAUUUAUCACCGGAGAAGAAGCAUCCAAUAAUAUUACCACCUCAUCAUCAUGUGACAAAAUUGAUAAUAGAGUAUUAUCAUCGACAAAAUGGUCAUUCUGGUACAUUGCACACUCUUUCCUCUGUGCGGGAAAAAUUUUGGAUUCUUUGUGGACAGGCGGAAGUUCGUAAGGUGCUGAAUGCUUGUAAAUUGUGCAAGUUGAGGGCGAGUAGACCUGGUUCACAGUGGAUGGCUCCUCUGCCAGAGUCGCGUGUUCUGGGUGGUCGCACUCCUUUCUAUCACACUGCUGUAGAUUACUUUGGCCCAUUGAAAGUCAAAUUGGGACGUAAGGAAUACAAGCGGUAUGGAUGCAUAUUCACCUGUUCAGUCACUAGGGCUGUUCAUAUUGAGGUCUCGGAAUCACUUGAUGCAUCUGCAUUUUUGCAGGCCUUUUUUCGAUUUUGUGAUAGGCGUUCAAAACCAUCCCAUGUAAUUUCAGAUAAUGGCACAAACUUUGUGGCUGGUGAGAGACUUCUUGCUGAGGGGAUUUGUAAGUGGAAUCAGAGUCAAAUUGCAAAUUCUCUGUCACAACAUGGAAUUCAGUGGGAUUUUCAACCGCCUUUAGCACCUCACCAAAAUGGCUUGGUUGAGAUAAUGGUCCGGGAGGCAAAAAGAGUUCUUUAUGCGAUUUGUGCGAAAUCACGAACAUUUACUGAUUUUUCGCUCAUCUCCAUGCUGACUGGGGUAGAAAGAAUUCUGAAUGAUCGCCCAUUGACACCUAUUAGUGAUGAUGCAAGGGAUUUGGAGGUUCUGACACCAAAUUCCAUUUUGACUGGAAAUCUUGAUCCCUCUAUUGCUCCCGAUAAGUUUACGCGCGGUGACGAGUUUCGCGAAAAUUGGAGACAUGUCCAGCUCAGUCUUGAUCGAUUCUGGAAUCGCUGGACAAAGGAGUAUUUACCGCUAUUGCAAAAGAGACAGAAAUGGCUCUUUCCUGAGAGAAAUUUGAAAGUGGGUGACAUUGUGCUUCUGUAUGGCGGCGAUACUCCGCGCGGCGUUUGGCCCAAGGGUAGAGUGAUUGAGGUAUUUCCCGAUAAGGAUGGGAUGGUUAGGAGGGUUAAGGUUCAUACUAGGAAUUCUGAUCUAGUUCGUGAUGUUAGGAAACUCUGCCUACUUGAAGCUGCUUAAGCUUCUGUCCUUUAUUGCCAAACAUGUUCAGUGGUCCAGGUCAUUUUUUUGUAUAUGUUGUUUCAUUUCAUGUUCUCGGUAUGUUAUUUUAUUGCAUGUUUUCAUUGUGUUCGAUUGUUGGAUAAAUCAUCCUCAUUGUUUAAAAUAAUUUUGUGAACAAAAUGAUUGGGGCCGGUGUGUUGAGGAUGAUUGCCGUUUCAUUCCUAAUAAGGCAGUGCAUAUAGUGUUGCCACAUAUUGCUUUUCUUAUGCAAAUAUUCUGAUGUAUUUAUUUAGUCAAUGCACAUUGGUAUUUGUAUAUUAUUUCAUUUAUUUAGAACUGUUUUAGGUACAGACUUAGUAUCCACUUUUGAUGACUCGCAUUCAAUUGACAUAAUACUUUCUGAUUGCAAUCUAGUGCCCAUUCGUAAUUGGUAUAUGGUGCAUAUUGUGGCAACCUGUUGUUGCGACAGUCUCUUGGUUUAUCAGCACUGGUAAAAGGGCCGCACGUUUUUUGUUGUAGAUUCAAUAAUAACUUAGGGUUGUAUUUUAGGGAACUUAGGGUUGUGUUUUAUGUAGACAUGUGUUGAAAUAGGGAUAAAGUUAUUAGGAUUGUACUUAAAACUGUAUUUAUUUUUGCAUUUAGUUACAUAUGUAUAUCUGAUUAAGUAGGAUUUGGAUGCGUUGCAGUCCAAACUAUUUUUAAAUCACCUGACCUUACACGAGUGGCCACAAUAACACUUUAUGUUGAGUGGUAAAAUAAAACAAGUUCGAUUCGGAA